CUUUAGCUGUCCGUCUGUAAUUUGUCUACGCGAAACACCAACGUUAUGCUAAAGGGCUGUUCCAGUUUAUUUAGCCUCAGGUAAAAUGAAGAAACUAACGUCUGCUAGUCUGGGAAAUGAUAAAUUAACUUAAAAAGUAGCGUUGAUCCAUCCCUUAAUGACCAACGUCAAUUGUUUGUUGCUGACUGCUUGCAUCACAGUGCAACAUUAAUGUUUCACAUAUGAAGAUAGCUUACACACGUUUGUGCAUGUACACGUUUGUACGUUACAUGCCAGGACACGUAAAAUCACACCGUGUUUAACGUUACAUUUUGGGAACACAAAAUAAGUUUACGCAGAACUGUAAAGUUGCUUAACGUUAGGUUGUAUGCGUUUGGUAGCUAACGGAUAUGUCUCGACAGCUUGGACACAUGCCCCUCUCAUUGGUGUGGAAAUAAUACAGCACAAUUAACGUUACUGUGCUAACGUUAAUCUCUAACGUUAGCCAACCGUUAACUUCGUUUCAGCAGGAACGUUAUUAACGCUAAAGACGCAAACCUGCCGCCCAACAUAGUAAAAGUUCUCCAUUCUGUUAGCUGUAAGUUAGCUUCCGGUUCGGCAAUAUAGGGGAAAGUUUAGAGAAACCUGAAGUUGCAAUACUGAGCGACCGAGCAUACCUUUUUCGCACCUCUCAGCUGUUAUACAUUUUCGGUAACGUUAAAUCCCUACCGCUGUCACAACGUCACAUUCCAAGGAAAACGCUCCCAUGAGGGCAAAAAAUACGUUAUUUUCCGCUGUCUGCCAAGCAAUAAGCAAAAAUAAACUGUUACUUUGAAUUGCUGGAAAUACUGCAGGUUGUUGUGCUUUCGGAUGCACUAAUCGAGGAGAACAUAAGCCUGAACUGUGUUAGUGCCCUGUGAGCCCUGACCUCCUUUUUUUUACCUGAGAUCUUACUGCAGCCAGAGUCUGUGGGAUGGAAGAGGAAGCUAGGUGCUUCCUGAGGAGUUUUGUGGAGGAGUUUCCAGCUGCUCUGGAGGAAGACAGUCCGCUGCCUGGCAGCCCUCUGAGCCGCAAAGUCUGCUUGGAGGAGCUGCAUGGAGAGAGCCUGGAGCUAGGCCUGAGGCUGCUGGCUGCCAGGGGUGCUCCUGCAGCCCUCAGUGCCCUCAUGUGCCAGGCAGCGCUGUCCCAGCUACUGCAGAAUGACCUUUCACCUUUCCAUUGCCCCCAGGAAGCUGAGGUCAACCAGGAAGAGGAGCAGCAAGUCUCUUUUCAAUCAGAGGCAGUACAACGUCUCUUCCUCAACAAGCUGAUAAAUGUUGCGCUGGCAUGGCAUCAAAACUUCCCCAAGCUCCCGUCCUCCCGCUCCCGGUUCCUCCACUGCUCCGUUCAUGCCAUCAGGAACACAAGGCGUAAGAUGGAGGACAAACACUUGGCCCUAGCUGAGUUCAACCAGCUCUUUGGAAUCCAGGACGGAGUGGAGCGUGCCUACUUUGCUGUGUUUGAUGGCCACGGUGGGGUUGAUGCUGCGACCUACGCUGCCACUCAUCUCCAUGUUGUCCUGAGUAAACAGGAGAUGCUGCAGAGUGACGCAGUCACAGCCUUUAAAACCGCCUUCACACAAACGGAUGACAUGUUCAGGGACAAAGCCAGGAGAGAGCGUCUGCGGAGCGGCACCACAGGUGUGGCGGUGCUGAUCCAAGGUCAGCAGCUGACUGUGGCCUGGCUGGGAGACUCUCAAGCAAUAUUGGUCAGAAAGGGACAACCCAUAACACUCAUGGACCCCCAUAAACCAGACAGAGAGGAUGAAAAACAGAGAAUUGAGGAUCUUGGUGGCUGCGUCACCUUCAUGGGUUGCUGGCGUGUUAAUGGAACAUAUGCUGUAUCAAGAGCUAUAGGUGACUUUGACCAGAAGCCCUAUGUCUCUGGAGAUGCUGACUGCUCAACAACCCAGCUGUUCGGGGAUGAGGACUAUGUGUUGCUGGCGUGUGAUGGCUUCUUUGAUGCAGUCAAACCUUCAGAGGUGCCACAUCUGGUCCUGAAUGCACUCCAACAGGCUGGUGACCCCGAGGGCGGGGAAGACGCUCCACUGGAACGGUCUGAGGAUGCUAUUGGACAGAGAGUCGCUCAACAGUUGGUAGGUCACGCUAAGGCAGCCGGUUCCAGUGAUAACAUCACAGUGAUGCUGGUGUUCCUGCGUCCACCAGAGCAGCUGCUAGUUGAAGACUCCACCCCAGUAACUGUAAAAACUACUCAGGACUCCACUUCUCAAGAUGCACCACAGCAGUGAAGCAGGUCUGCUGCACAGUGCACAGACACCUUCUGCCUGACUCUGCAUUUGUCAACAUAUUUUUGUCCUCAGGUGCUGACAUACAUCAUACAGACUGACAAAGCUAAUUUGAUAUGCUAACAAAUCACAUAAGCACGGCACAGGUAAGUCACACCAUGUCACUGCUUUGGAGUAAAAGUGUUGAUUCAGCUGUAUUUAGACCUAAGAUGUAUGCUAUAUGAUGCAGGGUCAGCUUUAUUGCUAGGGUUCCCGGGGCAAAAGUGAGCUGUGGGUUCCUACUGAGUCCCCAAACAUACUCCCCCAACCUUGAAACCAACAAGUAUUCCUACACUGGAAAAUAACCUGCCCGAGGUUUGCUGUGUGUAAAUUGAUAUGUACCAUGUGAGCAUCAUAUGUGAAAAAAUAUGAUGUCCUGGUUCUAACUUCAGUAUUAUCUCAUGUGAUCAUGGGAUUUUAACUCUUUAAAAAGAGCUUUGUGUUAUACAUUCAUAAUCUUGAAUUGAACUAAGCAUUGAAAACAUUUAAACUUU